CCCACCAAUCAACAUUACUUUUUAUUUAAUUACACUACUCGGUGGGUGGAUGGUAACAUCUAUAAAAAUACUCAAGUCUCUGCAUUUAUGGAUCAACAUCUGUGUUUCAACUUGUUCCAAUCAUUUUCAUUUUCUUCUCUUGCAGCAAUCAAGCACUUUUUGCUUUAAUUUCAGUUUGAACCAACAAUGGCCGAAGCAAUUGCUUUCGACAUCGCCACAGAGCUCAUUACUAAGUUGAGCUCUCGUGCGCUCUCUCAAGUUGGACUGUGGUGGAAUCUCAAACAUGACAUCGACGACCUCACACGCACUGUCCGUACUAUCAAAGCUGUGCUUCUUGACGCAGAAGAGAAAUCGGUGACCGACAAUCUCAUCAAAGUUUGGCUUGAAGAGCUGAAAGAUGUACUUUAUGAUGCUGACGACUUGCUCGAUGAUUUCUCUACCGAAGCUUUGCGGAAAGAUCUAAUGGGUGGGAACAAGCUGACGAAAGAGGUACGCCUUUUCUUCUCAAGCUCAAACCAGUUUGCUUACGGUCUUAGAAUGGGUGGUCAAAUUAAGGCCAUUAAAGCGAGGCUAACUCUUAUCGGAAGUGAGGCCAAAAAUUUCGGCUUCUUGGUGCGUGACCGCCCCAUAGAAACCUCUUUCAUGACUAAAAAGAGGCCGCAAACACACUCUUUUGUGCCUAAAGAUAAAAUAAUAGGGAGGGAUGAUGAUAAAGCGUCUCUUCUAAAACUCAUGUUAGAGUUUGAAAGUGAAGAGAAUGUUUACAUCAUUCCAAUUGUGGGGUUUGGAGGAUUAGGGAAGACUGCCUUGGCGCAGUUUGUUUAUAAUGAUAAAAUGGUCCAUGAUCAUUUUGAAUUGAAGAUGUGGGUGUGUGUUUCAGAUGUUUUUGAUGUCAAAAUAAUUGUAGAAAACAUUAUCAAAUCUGCAACUAAUCGAGCACCAGAUCAAAAUCUUGAAAUAGACCAAUUGCAAAGACAACUUCGAGAUAUAAUUGAUGGGAAAAAAUAUUUGCUUGUUUUGGAUGACAUUUGGAAUGAGGAGAGGGAAGAAUGGGUUAGUUUAAAAGAGUUAUUGGUAGGUGGGGUUAAAGGAAGUAGGAUAAUAGUAACUACUCGCUCUUCGAGAGUAGCAAAGAUUACUAGUAAAUGUCAGCCUUAUGUUCUGAAAGGCUUGUCUGAUGACGAUGCUUGGUGCUUGUUCAAAGAAAUAGCAUUUGAGCAAAGAUAUGCAGACUCAACAAAUUCAGCAUUUGUGGAAAUAGGGAGACAAAUUUUGGAAAGGUGUGGUGGGGUUCCCUUGGUCAUAAGGACGAUAGCAAGUACAUUAUUUUACAAAGAAACUGAGAAAGAGUGGCGUUCUUUCAAAGAUAAUGAACUUGUUAGAAUAUCUCAAAACGAAGGUAAAUUUCUACCUACACUUAAGUUGAGCUACGAUCAUCUCCCAUCCCAUUUGAAGCAUUGCUUUGCUUAUUGUCGCUUGUAUCCAAAAGAUCAUGAAAUUAAUGUACAAACUUUAGUUCAAUUUUGGAUUGCACAAGGUUUCAUAAAGCAAUUAAAUCCAAGCCAAUCUCCUGAGGAGAUCGGGUUUGGGUAUUUUAAAAAUUUAGUUGAUAGAAGUUUCUUUCAAGAGGUAAAAAAUGAUGAAACUUGGUUUACAACAUGUAAAAUGCAUGAUUUAAUGCAUGAUCUAGCUGAAUCAGUAGCGGGGAUAGAGAGUUGUGUUGUAGAUUCAGAUAAAAUUGCAAGUAAGGUUAGUGAAAACUGUCGCCAUAUAUCAAUUAAUCCUUCAUUAAUUCCUUUGCUUAAGGGAAAGAAGUUGCGAACCUUGUUAUAUAUUUCAAACAACAGAGUUAGAAAUUUGAGCGAUGAUGAAAUUUGGGAUUUGAUAAUUACACGUUGUAGAUACUUGCGUGUAUUGGCAUUGAAUGAUUUAGGUAUUGAGAAGAUUUCACCCUCUAUUUACAAGUUGAAACAUUUGAGGUAUCUUAAUCUUUCUAAGAGUUUCUUUAUUAAGAUUCUCCCAGAGAGUAUUUGCAAGAUUCAGAAUUUGCUUGUGCUGAAACUUGAUGGGUGUUGGAAGCUUCAAGAAUUGCCAAAGAAGAUUGAAAAAUUGGUGAAUCUUACCCAUCUUGCGUGUCGUGAUUGUUUUGGUUUAACUCAUAUGCCACGUGGAAUAGGGAAGCUGACUUCACUUGAGACGUUAAGCGAGUUUGUAGUGGAUAAAGAUGGGUCCCAUGGCGGUGCAGAUCUAAGUGAAUUGAGACUGCUUAACAACUUAAGGGGACAGCUACAAAUAAGAAAUUUGGGAUUUGUAAAAAAUGCAAAAGAGAAGUUUAAGGCUGCUAAUUUGAAAGAGAAGCAACAUUUGAGAUCGCUGAAUUUAUAUUGGAAUGCUGAUAACGAUGAUGAUGAUGAUGAUGAGAAGUCACUUGAAGACCUCCAGCCUCAUCCUAAUCUUAAGGAGCUCUGGAUUCGAGGAUGGAGGGGUGAUGCCAAGUUUCCAAGUUGGCUUUCUUUGCUCACAAAUCUCGUCAAAAUUAACAUAAGAGAUGGUAAUUUCAAACAUAACCCGUCCUUUGCUCAAUUGCCUUGUCUUAAACAUCUGCAUAUUGAUAAUUGUACUGAGCUGCAGUACAUGGAUGAUAAUAGCCCAAAAGGAAGUCAAGGAGAAGCACAAUCAUUCUUCCCAUCGCUUAAGCUUCUUCGGCUCUGGGACUGCCCGAAUAUGAGGAGUUGGUGGAGGACCAAAAAAUCAAUCGAUGAUGAUUCCAACGAGGACGACACAACUGUUAUGGGAACAUCAACCACGGCAUUUCCUUGUCUUUCCUCUUUAGAAAUUGAAAAUUGCCCUUUGAGUCAAUGCCGUUGUAUCCUUCACUCGAUGGUGAGCUAGAGUUGAAGAAUACCAAUUCAAGGCCGUUAAAGCAGACUAUCAAGAUGAACAUCACUAGCAGGACCCCAUCAAGUUCAACCUCUUCUCUUCCUCUCUCCAAAUUAAAAUCUUUCAUUGUAAACAACAUUGAGGGAUUGGACACUCACACGCUAGAUGAGUGCCUGCAACAUCUCACUGGCCUUAAAACUUUAGAAAUAAGGGAUUGCAAGGAGGUUGAUUUAGAAGGCAUGCAAUGGGAACGCCUUAAGAAUCUCUCUGGUUUGCGGAUUGAUAAUAUUCCAAAGCUGGUGUCUCUCCCCAUUGGGCUUCGACAUCUUGUUCAAUUGAAAACAUUAGGAAUUCGUAAUUGCAGUGCAUUGAGGUCACCCUUUCCUGUGUUCCAACAUCUCACUUUCCUUGAAUACUUUUCAAUAAGCAACUGCAAGGAGCUGGAGUUAUCUGCAGCUGGCAUCCAAAUAUUCCAAGAUCAUACAAGCCUACGCUUUCUGGGACUUGAAAAUAUUCCAAAGUGUUGGCAUCUUCCGGAGUGGCUUCAACAUCUAACAAAUCUGCAAGAGCUUUAUCUCAUUGAUUUUCCCAACUUAACAUCGCUUCCGGACGAGAUGCGUUGCCUAACCAGUUUGGAGUAUUUACACAUAGAAGAAAUUCCUCAGUUGGAGGAAAGAUGUUGGAAGGACAUUGGCGCUGAUUGGCAUAAGAUUGCUCACAUCCCCAAGAUUAUAAUAAAUGGGUUGAUUCAGGUUGUAAGGCAUUGGAGAAAGGCAUUUGUGAACUUCAAUCAUUUUUUAUGCAUAAAAAGAGGGCACUCUUUUAGCUGUUUGGAAUUCCAGCCAAAUUUGUUAUUGAAGGUCCAAACAGGAAAAAAAGGAAGAUGCUUCAGAAUAUUUGGUGGUGAGGUUGAAGUUGAUAAAAUGUUUCAUUAUUUAUAUAUCAACAGCAUUAUACUAAACACACAUAUGUGCAAAUAUAAGGCUGAUAAUGGUGAGCACUUUAGUUUUGAGGUGUAAAUAAAUAAUGGGAUUUGUAACAUAUUCUAUGUUGGCAUUUAUAAUUUUCAGGUUCAUUGUUGCUUUUGGAAGAGUCGUUGUUCAAGCAUGACAAUUGCCAGACAUAUUGCAUUUGAAAAUUCAUUUUUGCACUUUACAGGGAGCUUAUUAAGAGCUUGAUUCAUAGUAGGGACACUGUCUAGAGUGUUAAAUGUUGAUUUUCACUUGCAUAGCUAAAAUGAGUUGAUAGAGAACUUACUUAAUUGUACAAAAGUGAAAUUGCAUCAGAGUUGGGAGAGAAUUUACUUAAUUGUACAAAAGUGAGAUUGCAUCAAGUGUUCAAAGAGUUAGGCUUAAAUCAUUUCUUUGUACUAUGAAGUUCAUAGUGAAUUCAUCUUUGGGUAAAAUCCCGCAGAUGUAGGACAAGUUCCGAACUGUGUAAACAUCUUAAUUGUACUAUUUAUUUUCUUUAUUGCAUAAUACGUGCCUACUCAAGAAAAAAACACAUUUAUGUAUUUUUAGUGUUCCAAACAUUAUUCAAAUGAAGGGAUGCACAAUUGAUUAUGAGACAACAAUUUUUUUAGACAA